UGAUUCCUUGUCCCCCUCCCCACCUGUUGUGAGCUCCGCCUCAGUCCCUGGAGACUGGCGGUGACACACACGGGCGCCAGGGAGCUCCGCGCCCAGAAACAAAGUCGCAUGCCCCCCCUCCCCGUGUUUGCUUGGAAAUUGCUGCCUGCAGCACCCCCAUUCCCGCGCAGCUCCCGCCCCCUGGGAGCCUAAGGACUAAAUAAACAGUUGUAACUCCAAACCUUGCGCCUGCCAUCGCAGCCCUAUCCCACCCCUUUCCCCCGGUCCUGCCCCUCCUUUUUUGUUGUUGCAACUUUGUAAGAUCCCGGGAAGGUGCUGAGACUAACGCUCAGGCCGCGCUCUGGGUCUCCGGAUCCCUGCAGGGAUUCCCCGCGGCGCAUCCUUCUCCCUUGUCCCCCGCGCGCUCGGGGGUCUUCUCCGUCCCUUUGCCACCUCUAUCUCUGGUCCUGGCCCUUUCUGCCUAAUUACCUAGUCCCCUUCGACCUCCCCCGACCCCGAAACCUUCGCGGAAGGAAGACUUGCUCAGGGUCGUCCCGGUCUCUUGUCGAUCGCAGACCCCGAAAGUUUGCCCCAGGAGGACGGUGCGCAGCGGGCGAACGGGCGAGGGGCAGCAGCGGCACGGAGGAGCGUGGAGCUGCCGGCGCCUCCUCCCCAGACUCGGUGGUGUCCUGGGAGCUUCUGCUGACAGUCCCAGUUUCCGAGGAGGGAACCCUUUCGGCCAUGGUGAGGGCUGCGCUCCCUUCUCUGAAUCGCCUUCAGCCAUGAACGGUGGGGUGUGAUGCCUGCUAGCCGGAAGGGGUCCUUCUGUGUGUUGCAGUCUUGUGGCAUUCUGCAGGCCCCCUGCCAGUGACCCCAGGCUUUUUAUGGCUGUGAGACUUAUUAAAAGCUCAGGGGUGAGAAGUGACCUUUUGAGGUGACUAUAACUGAAGAUUGAAUUACAGAAGCAAAAAAAAAAAAUUAAGGUUUUUGAGUCAUGAUGCAAGAAUCUGGGUCUGAGACAAAAAGUAACGGAUCAGCCAUCCAGAACGGGUCCAGCAGUGGCAACCACUUGCUAGAGUGUGGGGCACUUCGUGACACUCGGUCCAACGGGGAGGCGCCAGCGGUGGACCUGGGCGCAGCUGACCUUGCCCACGUCCAGCAGCAGCAACAGCAGGCCCUGCAGGUGGCAAGGCAGCUCCUCCUUCAACAGCAGCAGCAACAGCAGCAGCAGCAGCAGCAGCAGCAACAGCAGCAGCAACAACAGCAGCAGCAGCAGCAGCAGCAGCAGCAGCAGCAGCAACAGCAAGUUAGUGGAUUAAAGUCUCCCAAGAGGAAUGACAAGCAACCAGCUCUUCAGGUCCCCGUGUCAGUGGCUAUGAUGACACCCCAGGUUAUCACUCCCCAGCAAAUGCAGCAGAUCCUCCAGCAGCAAGUGCUGAGCCCCCAGCAGCUCCAGGUUCUCCUCCAGCAGCAGCAGGCCCUCAUGCUUCAACAGCAGCAGCUUCAAGAAUUUUAUAAGAAACAACAAGAACAGUUGCAGCUUCAACUCCUCCAACAGCAACAUGCUGGAAAACAGCCGAAAGAGCAACAGCAGGUGGCUACCCAGCAGUUGGCUUUCCAGCAGCAGCUUCUACAGAUGCAGCAGCUGCAGCAGCAGCACCUCCUAUCUCUGCAGCGCCAAGGCCUUCUAACAAUUCAGCCCGGGCAGCCUGCCCUUCCCCUCCAACCUCUUGCUCAAGGCAUGAUUCCAGCGGAACUGCAGCAGCUCUGGAAAGAAGUGACAAGUGCCCACACUGCAGAGGAGACCACAGGCAGCAACCACAGCAGCCUAGACCUGACCAGCACAUGUGUCUCAUCCUCGGCACCUUCCAAGACCUCCCUCAUCAUGAACCCACACGCCUCUACCAAUGGACAACUCUCGGUCCACACUCCCAAACGGGAAAGCUUGUCCCAUGAGGAACACCCCCACAGCCAUCCUCUCUACGGACAUGGCGUAUGCAAGUGGCCAGGAUGUGAAGCAGUUUGUGACGACUUCCCAGCCUUUCUAAAACAUCUCAACAGUGAGCAUGCGCUGGACGAUAGAAGCACAGCUCAAUGUAGAGUACAAAUGCAGGUUGUACAGCAGUUAGAGCUACAGCUUGCAAAAGACAAAGAGCGCCUGCAAGCCAUGAUGACCCACCUGCAUGUGAAGUCUACGGAACCCAAAGCUGCCCCUCAGCCCCUGAAUCUGGUAUCAAGUGUCACCCUCUCCAAGUCUGCCUCGGAGGCUUCUCCACAGAGCUUACCUCAUACUCCAACGACCCCAACUGCCCCGCUAACUCCCGUCACCCAAGGCCCCUCUGUCAUCACCACCACCAGCAUGCACACGGUGGGACCGAUCCGCAGGCGGUACUCAGACAAAUACAACGUGCCCAUUUCUUCAGCAGAUAUUGCGCAGAACCAAGAAUUUUAUAAGAACGCAGAAGUUAGACCACCAUUUACAUAUGCAUCUUUAAUUAGGCAGGCCAUUCUCGAAUCUCCAGAAAAGCAGCUAACACUAAAUGAAAUCUAUAACUGGUUCACACGAAUGUUUGCUUACUUCCGACGCAAUGCAGCCACGUGGAAGAAUGCAGUGCGUCAUAAUCUUAGUCUUCACAAGUGUUUUGUGCGAGUAGAGAACGUUAAAGGGGCAGUAUGGACAGUGGAUGAAGUAGAGUUCCAAAAACGGAGGCCACAAAAGAUCAGUGGUAACCCUUCCCUUAUUAAAAACAUGCAGAGCAGCCACGCCUACUGCACACCUCUCAAUGCAGCUUUACAGGCUUCCAUGGCUGAGAAUAGUAUACCUCUGUACACUACCGCUUCCAUGGGAAAUCCCACUCUGGGCAACCUGGCCAGUGCCAUCCGGGAGGAGCUGAACGGGGCCAUGGAGCACACCAACAGCAACGAGAGUGACAGCAGUCCGGGCAGAUCCCCUAUGCAAGCUGUGCAUCCUGUACAUGUCAAAGAGGAACCCCUUGACCCGGAAGAAGCUGAAGGGCCUCUGUCCUUAGUGACAACAGCCAACCACAGUCCGGAUUUCGACCAUGACAGAGAUUACGAAGAUGAAGCAGUAAAUGAGGACAUGGACUGAACCUCCGGGCGGGCCGACCCCCGAGACCGAAGAUUGGGAAAAAAGCAAAACAAAACAAAUUUAAAAAAAAAAAAAAAACACGUCAAAAGUUAGCGGCGAAAUCGGUCUCCACUUGUUGUACAGUCUGGAGGAUUUUCGCUACAUUUUGACAACUCUGAAAUGUGUUAACUCUUAGUGCCAUCAAGAAUCCCAUUUGGGAGUAUUUUUGAUUUUUCUACUUUUUGUUGACGAAAGGGAUUUGUACUCUGUGCAUUGGAUGGACCUGUUUGGUACUUGGGAUUUUCCUCUUUGAGUCAACAUCAGUGUUGUAAAUUCGAUAAACGGAUUCACUUUUCGCAGCAGACUUUGGACUGCAGUUUUGUCCCGCCGAGGCAGACACCGAGGACGCCCGACUGAGCUCGCGCACCUGCGCCACCGCAGACCAAGCCUUCGCUCGCCCGAAUUCAAGGUUCCAGUGGACGACCUGUUUGCACAGCACUGCAUGUUGAUAUCACUGCCUUUACUCACUUUGGGUUUUUUUUUUUGGUUUGUUUGUUUGUAUGUUUUUGUUUUGCUUCCAGUUGGGAUGGGGAAGGCCUUUGUGUGUUUAUUGGGGGGAGGGGUUAAAAUAAUUAUCCCAAACUUUUUAAUGUAUUGCUUUUUUUUUUUUGCUUCUUCUAUACCAUUUUAAGUUCUGACCUCAGGCCUCCAUUUGGGCCCACGGCCUCAUGGAGGCUUCACAUUUUCUGUACCUUGUGAUGAAUGUUAAUAGGUGUUUUUAUUAUACAAAGCUGAAUGUCAUUUCUCGUCUGUAGUUUUCCGGCACUCAUUCCAUUUUCCUAUAGACAUCACCACGUUUCUCUCAAGUUUAAAAAAAAAAAACAAAAACAAAACAAAACAUUCCGUUUUGGUCUUUUUUCAAAAAAAAAAAAAAAUUCCAAAGGCUGCACCUUACACCUGAAGAUCCUCUCACAGGGACGUGAUGUCCCGCCAGAAAGAGAAUGAAUGACAGAAGAGAGAAACGCACGCACAUACUCUAGGAACAUAGCAGGUUCAUUUCGCAGAAGCAGUAUUGGGGGUGGGAUGGGAACGUUUGAGAUUUUCCUUUGAUUUUCAUAGUGCCCGCCAUUGUGAGUAACUGCCACCUCGUUCUCUCAGGAAACACAGCCAAGAGAGACACUGAAAAGAGUAAACAAUCCUUAAUAAUUAGACUGGCGUGAUGGCCGUGGAAGGCUCUCUCCCCCCUGUAAUCCAGUGGCCAGGACCGCAGACUCUGUGUUGUCCUUUCCAGCAUGGCUUGCUUUGUUUGCAAAAUGACCAAAAAGCCAGCUUCCCUAACUAACUUCCCUCAAGACGGCAACAGUACGGCUGAGUUUGUGCAUCAGUUAAGACCCGCUUGGUGGCUUUCCUCCGUUUUAAUGCAAAUGAGACUUCAUGUUGAACUUGUUCUGGGAGUUUAGGAAGACUGAGCUCAGCGGGUGCUGAUGUGUCCCUUUCCAGCGUGCAAAGUCAGAACUGCAGUUCUGUGUGCACAGACUUAGCCAUUGACACCAGUAGACAGACGGAGGCUCCUGGGACCAGGGCCCACAGAAGGCCAUAGCUCUAGGUCAGUGUAGCCCUCAGCCCUCCAGACCCCUCACACUCCCAUCUGCACCCACUUCCCUGGCACUCAUUUAUCUAGGGCUAUAGCUUUUGUUUGGGUUUAGUUUGAGAGCCUUUUGGAGCUUAAUUUAUAUACUUUGUACCUUUUAUUUCUAAAAUUACCAAAGAUAUUACGCAAAGGUAAAUUAUUUUCUUUUAUGCUUUAUAUGAUGAAGCCAAAUAUCCUCUUAUUGUUGAUCAAAGGAGGCAAAAGGAUUCAGAGGCAAAUGAUGAGGUCCAGGCUAUUUGCCAACCUGAGGGAAAUAACUACCCCUCCAACAGAGGUCAUUUAGCAGACUAAGUAGGCAAUGGAACCAAAGUUUUUUUUUUUUACUUUUUUCUAUUUUUUUUUUCUUUUCUGUACCUGUACAGAGACCAAAACUAACUCCUGUAAGGAGAAAAUCUGGGGCUACUGCAGAGAAAAAGCAGACAGGAAAACAGUAUUAUAGCUCCUACGGAAAGAAUGGGGUACCAUCUCAAAGAAAUGAAUGUAUGAUGCUGAAAAUUAGCGUAUAAAUCAAGGAGACACUUAGGAUGAAUUCAGAGGGAAUAGAAAAGUGUCUGACUGCACUAGGCCACUUCUAGAAUAAAGAGAUUUUUUUUUUUAGAACAUUCGUAUGCCACUUUUGUUAAGGGCUGUGCUGUGAUCACUGCUUUAAUUUUGUUUUAUCUGGGCAUAUAUCUUCUAGUUCCUUUCUGCGCUUUGCUGUUGUUUCUCCUUUUUCAGAUUAUGACUUGCUCAGCAUUCUUUCACUUACACACACACGCACACACACACACCAAAAGGUGACAUUCCCAUCCACUCAUACGCUCAGAAUAGAACGUCUUUGGCAAUUACUUCUGAAGCUUUGCUCUGCCUUCAGUAGAGGGGGCGGUCUGUGCUUACUCAUGCCCCCCCCACCCCCCCGCUUUUCCAGGCAGCUUCACGAUGGUGCAGGCGGUAGCCAGGCAGGGUCCUGGGAGGGGGGCCUGGGCUUCGAACCUGAGUGGUUGCUGGUUAGAUAUUCCGAAGAGGAUAAAAAUGGGGUAGAUUAGUUCAUUCUCAGCAUGUGUAGCUAGACACGAGUAACGCCGACAGCAUGAGAAGCGCUAGUGCGCAUACCUCAGUUCAAACCUUUAGGGAAUGAUUAAAAAAAUUAAAAAUAUACAUUUCACUCAGUUGCACUUAGUCGUAUGUCUUGCAUGCUUAGUCUAAAGACUGUAGCAGAAAAAAAAAAUAAAAAAGAAAAAUUAGAUUUUACACGUCUUCGCAGGUGUCACAGCCUCGCCGAAGAACCAACUGAAAAAAAAAAGUUCUCAGGCUUUACAGCAAGCAAUCUUCACUCUGAUUUUUACAGUUCCGAUUCUGUCCCUUGGGGGGGAUUACAGUCGCUUCUUUAGAAUGGGGUUGAUUCGGUUGUACAUAUAUCCCAAUGUGUCUGUGUGAAUCUUUGUCUUUUGUGGGGGAGGGCCGAGGGCAGCUCUUUUUUUUUUUUAAUUAUUUUAUUUUUUAGGUAUUGUUCCUAAAAAGGAAUAAAUGCAAACACCUGUUUGUCAAAACAUCUUUGCUUUUUGUGCAACUGCAUUUUAUUAAUGAUGCUUUAGAAAAGAAGACAGCCACAGUAUCUUUGGGGGAAAACAGUCUACUGUAUGGAAUGGAUUUGCAGUCAAGGCUGCACGUGUAUUUUCCUUCUUUGCCCUUGAUUUACGAACAUGGAUGACGUGUUGACAUGUGGGAGGAAAGGAGAAAUUCCAGAACCCUUUUUUUGUUUUUACUUUUCAAUUGUAACAUAGUUGACAUAAUUUGUUUCCUAUUCUCAUUAAUUGAAACAUUUUGUACAGGUUUGUGGGGUGGGGUAUGUAUGAGUGUAUGUGUGUGUAAGUGCGCGCACGCGUGUUAAUCUGUUUUUGAUACAUUCCUGUUCCUCGUGUUUAUCCUGCCACUGCCUUCUUGACUAUCUUAAACAGGUUCCUACGUUUGAAAAGAGAAAAAAAAAAGUUGGUUUUUUUUUUUAAAAAAAAAAUGUUCUCUCCUGCUGCAGUCAAUAUUUUUGCAUGAUGAAAUUCCAGGGUCACACUUUCAAAGUUUUAUCAGUAAAGUAGUGAUUAAUAAUG